CUAUGGCCUAAGCCUAUUUCAGAAUCGUCAACUCUCGGUGGGCAUGUCCAAUUCCGCCUUGUCGACGUUCUAGGCAGAUCCUUGUCACCUCAGUGACUCGGAGGGGGAAGUUGUGGACAAGUUUUGUACCGCUCCCUGCGGGCGUUCUAGCCGUAACUUCCGUAGCUCUAUAGCUUCCAGAUCUGCCCUCCUAGACGGUUCUCGGAGCUUCUUCUCUAUGGCUCCGCGCCGCCGGGCCGGGAGGGCGGCAGGGAGGUUGUGCGUUUAAACCGUGAGGCCGCCGCUCGGGGAGGAGAAAUAACCGAGCCGGGAGCAAAUGGAGCCCGAGAUGGAGACGGAGACGCUGGAGUCGAAGAUCAACAGAGCUACAAAUCCUCUGAACAAGGACCUGGAAUGGGACAGCAUCAAUGCCUUUUGUGACCAGCUCAAUAAGGAACUAGAGGGCCCGCCACUUGCCACCAGGCUCCUUGCCCACAAGAUCCAAUCUCCACAAGAAUGGGAGGCCAUUCAGGCUCUCACGGUGCUGGAGGCCUGUAUGAAAAACUGUGGCAAGCGCUUUCAUGAUGAAGUGGGCAAGUUCCGCUUCCUUAACGAGCUGAUCAAGGUGGUGUCACCCAAGUAUCUAGGAAACAGGACCCCAGAGAAAGUGAAAUCCAAGAUCUUGGAGCUGAUGUAUAGCUGGACAUUGGGGCUUCCCCAUGAAGUGAAGAUUACGGAGGCCUAUCAGAUGCUGAAAAAGCAAGGGAUUGUAAAAUGUGACCCCAAGUUGCCAGACGAUGCCCCCUUUCCACUGCCUCCACCCAGGCCAAAGAAUGUGAUCUUUGAUGAUGAGGAGAAGUCCAAGAUGCUGGCUCGCCUGCUCAAAAGCUCACACCCUGAGGAUCUCCGGGCUGCCAACAAACUCAUCAAAGAGAUGGUUCAGGAGGACCAAAAGCGAAUGGAGAAGAUCUCCAAGAGGGUGAACACCAUUGAGGAGGUGAACAACAAUGUGAAGCUGCUGACGGAGAUGGUGACUAACUACAGCAAAGGAGAGACGACGGAGAGCAGCGAGGACCUCAUGAAAGAGCUGUACCAGCGCUGCGAGCGCAUGAGGCCCAUGCUUUUCCGCCUUGCCAGUGACACUGAGGACAAUGAUGAGGCCCUAGCGGAAAUCUUGCAAGCCAAUGACAACCUAACACAAGUGAUCAACCUCUAUAAGCAGGUUGUGAAAGGGGAGGAGAUCAAUGGUGAGACCGUGGCUGGUCCACUCCGAGGCAGCACUUCAGCACUGCUGGAUCUAUCGGGGCUGGACAUGCCAAUCGCAAGCCCAUCCUACCCAGCCUUACCAACUUUCUCGGGUGGUGGGUCAGCAGCUUCCGUGCCGGAGCAAAGCAGCUCUGUCUCUCUGCUGGAUGAUGAACUCAUGUCGUUAGGGCUUAAUGACCCAGCAACUCCCACAGCCCAGGGUACAGAUAACAGCGGCUGGAACAAUUUCCAGUCUUCUGACAGCCCUGAACUUGGCGUCCCGUCAGUGCCAGCAGCCCCAGUGGGGAAAGCUGAUGCCGGGCUGCCUCCUGCUGCCACUAGCGGUAUGGAUGACCUGGACCUGCUGGGCAAGACUCUGCUGCAACAGUCCCUUCCCCCGGAGUCUCUGCAAGUCAGAUGGGAGAAGCAGCCCCCACCUCGCUUGACGUUGCGCGACCUCCAAAACAAGAGCACUUCCAGCCCCUCUGUGAGCACCAACAGCACCCCGCCCCUCUUCACGGGGCUCCCUUCAAACCCUCCUACCACCUCACCCCUGUCAUCAGAGCAUCCAGCCCCCGUCGUGGUCCCUCGAGGGCUGCCAACACCUUCCGGAGCCACAGUUCCUCCAGCAGGUUUCCCUGCUUCAACCUCUCCACUGGAAAUCUCACUGGCGAAUGUCACGGUGCCUCUGGAAUCUAUCAAACCAAGCAACAUCCUCCCAGUGACUGUGUACGAUCAGCAUGGUUUCCGUGUCCUCUUCCACUUUGCCAAGGACUCUCUGCCCGACCGGCCUGACGUGCUGGUGGUGGUUAUCUCCAUGCUCAGCACUGCCCCCUUGCCCAUUAGGAACAUCAUCUUUCAGUCUGCUGUCCCCAAGGUGAUGAAAGUGAAGCUGCAGCCGCCGUCAGGGACAGAGCUCCCAGCAUUCAACCCAAUUGUGCCCCCCACGGCAAUCACCCAGGUCCUCCUGCUUGCUAACCCACAGAAGGAGAAAGUGAGACUACGAUACAAGCUGACCUUCACCAUGGCAGAUCGAACCUACAACGAAAUGGGCGACGUGGACCAGUUCCCCCCUCCAGAAUCAUGGGGAAACCUCUAGCGUUGCAGCCGGGGUGCUGUGUCAGACUUCUAAAGAUUCUGCCUCCCCAGGACACGAGCCAACCCCAGGCCGGCUAGCGCUCGAACUCUGUUCUCGCACUGGAAUGCUAGCCGUCAGCAGUACGCCGUGGGGUGGAGGAUGGCAGGCAGAGGCGAGAGGGGACGCCUGUCUUGGGUUGGUGGGGCAGGAAUGAUUGAGUGAGUUGCUCUCUGUUCUUCUAACUUGGCCUCUGAGCCCCCUCCCCUUAUCUUGCUUUUCUAGCUCUGCUUUUCCUUCCAUGAAAUGGUGGUCAUGAUCAGCUGAAGCUGUUCUGAGAAACCCAACUCCAGGGCUCUUUGGAUCUUCUUCGCAUCCCCUUCCCUCCUGCUAAGGUUAUAUUGGACCUUAUACCUUUCCAGCUCUAUCACCGCUUCCCACAAGCAAGCUUACAGGCGUGAGAGGUUGAUAUGCGGAGUGCUGCUCCUUGCUCUGUUUCCUGAAGGCUUCAUUGUCGCACUAGGAUUGGUCACAGGAGGCCUAGUGGGCCCAUUCCUGACUCCAUGAGCAAAACAGCCUUGGGAUUACAGGGUAGUUGGGUCUGUUUUGCACAUGAGGCCGCCUUGAUUCCCCCAGGGUUGAUUGAUGGGUAUGCUUGUUGAGCCACUGAUGUGCCAGAGUCUAACUGAGAUGAUGGGAUGAGCGAGGAAGGCAGGUGGGUAGUGUGCCUGGUCUCAUAUGCCUUACAUGCAAAGCAUUAGUGCUGCAGCCUGAUUGUGCAGGUCAAAGAGAGGGGUUGCAUUGGAUGUCUUGAGACUGUUCCAUCCCGUGCUUUCCCCUUCUGAUGGGGAAGGAAGCUGACAAUACCACGAGGCUGAAUGCAAGCGGAUGAGAAGUCCACUUCCUGAACUGUGUUCACAGUAUUGUACAGUACUGUGGAUUCCAGCAGCUCGGUCUCUGUGGCCCAUCAGGAUGGAGUUCUGGGAGGAGGGUCUUGAGGGACAACAGGUUGCCGUAACUACAUCUCUCCCCACAAAUCACUCCCAUCUGUAGCUCCCCGUCUUCUCCCUCUCACAAACUGGUGUGGUCGCAGACUCAGGGCCAGGAAGCAUGCAGUCUACAUGACUGUCUGCCUGACUAUUCCCAUGAGCAAAGUACCCAUGGAAAUGCCUGGGAGCAAGGGCUCCACUAGUUCCUUGAUGGGAUGCUCCAUGGGAGGCGGAAUUAAGCUUCUUUGACAAAAAACAGUGGGUGGAAUUGUGGUGGAAGCUGACGUUUCCUUGCCCUAGUGGGUUGUGCACCUGCUUCAGGCAGUGAUAGGCUGUUUUGGGUGGGAAGGCCUUUCUGAUGUGGGACUCUGCUGUGACUGGAUGCUUUUACUUUCUGGUCUCUCUUUCAGGGUGAUCUUUGCCUCCUUACUCUCUCUAGUUUGGGUUCAGUUUGGUUCUUGAAACAGACUUGUGUAUAUAAAUUGGGGUGCAAAGUUCUGCACAUGGCAAAAGACUUUAAAAUAGACUUGUGUGAAAUCUGCUGUAUUAAUGGGAAAUAAAAAAAAAAGUUUUCUUCCCUGAA